UGUGUGAUUCACGUUUCUAAGCUUGUCUCUUCCUACAGCUGACAUCAAGAAUGGCUUUAAUGUUGGCAAAGCUGGGUCCUCAGGGUGGGGGUCAGCACGGGUCAGGUCAGCCCGGGCCUGCUCGCGCCACGAUGAAGUCCACAGCUCCCGCGACGCUGCCGACAGCCGAGCAGAUGAAGGCGUACAUGGCCGAGUCCUUCCACUGCCACAACGUGGUGCUAGACAUCGACUCCAAGACCAGCAACUGCAGGCUGACACACAUCGUCUGCACGCUCGGCCCCGCCUCCAGGGAGCUGGACAUGCUGCCGAAGCUGAUGAAAGCGGGCAUGAACAUCUGCCGGCUCAACUUCUCCCACGGCUCAUACGAGUACCACGGACAGACCGUGCAGAACAUUCGGGAAGCGGCGUCACGGCUCCCUGAGGGGUCAGUCGUGGCUGUGGCUCUCGACACCAAGGGCCCGGAGAUCAGGACGGGGGUGUUGAUAGGUGGGGACACAUCGGAUGUCGACCUCGUUGCGGGCGCUAAGAUCACAGUGACCGUGAACGACGAGUACAAAGAGAAAUGUAGCCCCGAGUUCCUGUGGGUGGACUACAAGAACAUCAUCAGUGUCCUGAAGGAGGGCAGCGUCAUCUACAUCGACGACGGCCUCAUCUCGCUGCAGGUCAAUGAGAAGGGCAACGAUCACCUGCGCUGUACCAUACUCAAUGGCGGCAAGUUGGGGAGUAAAAAGGGCUGUAACCUACCCGGGACACCAAUUGACCUACCCGCGGUGUCUGGCAAAGACAAACAAGAUCUGCUCUUUGGUGUCGACCAGAAUGUCGACAUGGUGUUCGCCUCAUUCAUCCAGGACGGUGCGGGCAUACGACAGAUCCGUCAAAUACUUGGCGAGAAGGGCAAGCACAUCAAGAUCAUCGCCAAAAUUGAAAGUUUCGAGGGCAUCUACAACUUCGCCGAGAUUCUAUCCGAGUGUGACGGCGCCAUGGUAGCGAGGGGGGAUAUGGGGAUAGAGAUCCCCCCAGAGAAGGUUUUUAUCGCCCAAAAGUACAUGAUCUCAAUGUGUAACCUGGCCGGCAAGCCGGUGAUCUGUGCCACCCAGAUGCUAGAGAGCAUGACCUACAAGCCGAGGGCCACACGGGCCGAGUCCAACGACGUGGCCAACGCUGUACUCGACGGGGCGGACUGCGUCAUGCUGUCUGGGGAGUCAGCUAAAGGUCAUUACCCAGUCGAGGCUGUCUCCCACAUGGCAGCAGUGUGUCUGGAGGCCGAGUCUGUGGUCAACAGCCGUUCGAUAUUCCGAGAGUUGCGGGAACUGACGCCCAGAAACGUCGACUCGAGUCACAGCCUGGCCCUGGCCGUGGUGGCCGCGUCAUACCAGUGUAUGGCCUCAGCCAUCAUCGUGCUGUGUGAGACUGGCCGCACGGUCCAGCUCGUGUCUUCCUACAGGCCCCGCUGUCCCAUCAUCAUGGUCACAUACAACCAGAGGGCCGCUAAACACCUGCUGUUGUACAGAGCUGUGGUACCCCAUCUGAUGUCCCCUACCGGGAAAAGCUGGCCGGAUGACGUCAACACAAGGGUCAAGGCUGGGAUGGACAGAGGCGUCAGCAUGGGCGUCAUUUUUCUCAACGAUCCAGUCAUCGUGGUCAUGGGACUGGAUGUGGGCAAGGAAGAGAGCAAUUGUUUACAAAUUGUUUACAGUCGUCAGGGGCAGAGAAGGCCGUAGGUUCAGCAACUUUUCAAAUGGAUUUAUGCUUUUAAGCAUAGUUAUCUGUGUAUGUAUGUGUACAAUAUAUGUGUGUGUAUCUGUAUACAAAGUAUAUAUAUGUAUGUAAUACUUAUAUUUUUAUAUUGCCUUUGUGUGUUUUAUUUGGUCAUUUACAGACUUUUUAAAUGAAUAUUUU